AUCUUACAACUUACCAGCAUUCAAAUCACACUCACCGUAGAAAGACUCUUCAGACUCCCCCAAAGCCAAAGCCAAAACUCUCAACUUUGCACAGCUAAAACCAAAUUCCCGAUUACAUUAAAUCUACCAAUCUGUGCGCAUAUAUGCAUAGUCGUAGUCUGUCGCCGUAGUUUAAUUUCGUACGAUUUAAUGGGGCUUUUUAAGAAGAUCGCGGGAUAUCUAGGGUUAGGAAAUCACGACUUGCACGAAGUCAACAAGGAGUAUGACGAUGACAAAGAUAUUAGUGGGAACAAUCAUCUGAACUCAACUGAAGAAAUUCAUCAUCAUAAUUAUAGUAAUCUCCCCCGUAAAGGAUUUAGUGUUCCCGUUAAAGUUCCUAUAGAUAGAGGUCAGCAAAUCGGCCCAGUUUUAGUGCCCUGUGUAGCCGGCGAUGGCGGUGUUCAGGGUUUAGGAUGGUAUGCACGUCGUUUAAAGAUAGAUGAAGAUGGAGAUGUUGCAGACGAGUUUCUUGUGGAGAACAUUCUAGAAACAGAAGAAAUACAUCAACAACAAAAGCAACAAUUUGUUCCUAAAUUUGAAGUGAAAUUAAACAUGAAAUCUGCAAAAGCAAGAAACCCGAUUUUAUCACGUGAAGGAACAAUCCAACACUNNNNAGGUCGGUUACUACUGGCCUGA